AAUUUUUACCCCAACUGUUUAUCUAAUUUGAUUUUUCUUAUCCGUUGUAAGUACGUACUUGAAGUACAUCGCUCACUCCGGAAAAUAAUCAAUCGUAAAGAUUUUACGUAAACAAUUUAUUUUUAAGCGGCAACCGCGAUCGUUAAACAGUCAAAAUGUUUCCGCCGACUCGAAUAAGAAGUUGUCUUCCAGUUAUUAAUCCAAUGUUUAGACAAAAACUACGGCCUCAUAGGCCGUUUCGUCAGACUGCUACGGUGCAUGGUAGUCAAACAAAGACAGUACAGCGGAAUAAAUGGAUGAGUUUCCGAUCUAUUAUUACAAGAUGGGUUCCUUUAGGAAGUGCUAUUUACGUCGGAUGGUGUUAUAUACGUGCGAGUAUCAACUACGAAGUGUCGAAAGUCGAGAUUUUAUUUUACGAAAUGUUUCCCUUCCGUAUUACGAGUAGAAUUUGGGGUAAACUAGCUGCUUGUGAGCUCCCGACUUCUUUACGAAGCUUUGUUUACGGUACGUACAUUAAAAUGUUUAAUGUGAACUUGAAUGAAGCGGAAUAUACUGAUCUGAAGUAUUAUAAAAGUUUAUCUGAGUUUUUUACGAGGCCUCUGAAAGAAGGCGCGAGGUACAUAUCUCCUAGCCAUUGUGUGUCGCCCUGCGAUGGUGUAGUUUUAAACUGUGGGCCAGCAGACACAGAUAAAAUAGAGCAAGUCAAAGGAGUCACAUACAGCCUGGAAGAAUUCCUUGGUGAAAAUAAAUGGAAUAAAAGAAAAGAUGAUAAUUACUACAGCUCUUUAUUGAAUAACAAGGACAAUGUGCUGCACCAGUGCAUCAUUUAUCUGGCUCCCGGAGACUAUCAUCGGUUUCACUCUCCGUGCGACUGGACAGCUACGUUCCGAAGGCAUUUCUCUGGUAAACUGCUAUCUGUGAACCCAUGGUUAGCGAGAUUAAUACCUGGAUUAUUCACAAUCAACGAGCGAGCUGUUUACGUAGGAGAAUGGAAGCAUGGCUUCUUCAGCAUGACCGCAGUAGGAGCUACGAAUGUUGGCUCGAUAGAGAUAUACAAUGAUCCAGAGUUAAGGACAAAUACGAAAGGCAAACGAAACAGGAUCAACGAGGUUGACUUACGUGUCGAUUUGAAGAAGGGUGAGUUAUUCGGACAAUUUAAUAUGGGGAGUACGAUUAUUUUACUUUUCGAGGCUCCGAAAGACUUUAAAUUUGAUAUGGCUUCGGGUGAUAAGGUCCUCGUUGGGCAAGCGUUGUCCGCAGCAGCGAAGGAACAGGCAAGAUGACCUGUUCGUUACGAUUUAGUUCAUUUAGCCCAAGUGGCUAUGGUUUUCUACAUGUUGUCGGUGUUGCUAUGAUUUUGUUAUUAGUAUUUGUAAAUUAGAGUUUUUUUGAACUGGCAACCAUCAUAUUUUCACAAUAGUAGGGCAGUCUAGAAUGCUAAAUUAGGAUUUAGUAGAGCGUUCUAGAGCACUAGGGACCUCUCUUCACUUAAUCUGAUAAUACUCACUGGAUUUCGUUACAUUUUUUAAAAUUUAUUAUUCCUAUUGGGUCUUGUUCAUAUUAUCAUAUAGCGUGGACUGUCCAGGCGACAUAUACUUAGGUAUUGUCAUGAGCUAAAGGUACUUAGGUAUUGUCAUGAGCUAAUGGUAAACAGUGACAAUUGUGUAGUGUAGAGAUUGUCCAGUCAACUGAUGGUAGCGUAGACUGUCCAGGCGAUACGUACUUAGGUAUCGUCAUGAGCUAAUGGUAACAUGUAAACAGUGACUCGUGUAGUGUAGAGAUUGUCCAGUCAACUGAUGGUAGCGUGGACUGUCCAGGCGAUACGUACUUAGGUAUCGUCAUGAGCUAAUGGUAACAUGUAAACAGUGACUCAUGUAGUGCAGAGAUUGUCCAGUCAACUGACUUUCAGGCUAUUAGGUAUCAAAUAAUAAUUCUUCCGGUUUGCGAAUAACAAGAAAUGAUAAGGAAUUUUAUUGAAAAAAUGGUUACAGAUUAUAUUACUAUAGUUUAUUUAACAUUGACCCUAUUAAUAUUGUUUGCAAACUGUGAUAAAGCGUCUCCUUGUGGUCUUUUGAUUGUCUUAAUUAAUAUUAAAACAUAAUUUAUAGUAUUUCAUUAAAUUCAUAUACAAACCUAUGCUGUUAUCUUCAAUGCAGUAACUAUGGAAUGCAACAUACUUAUACACUUCUUUUACUUUCAUUUUCCUGACCUGGGAAUUACAAUCAUAUUAUCAGCAAGGCAGUCUAGUCUAUAUUUAAUAACUACAUUAAAUUCUCGACAUUUUGAUAAAAGGUAAAAAUAUGUAUCUAUCUAGAUAAUACCAUAAUAAUUAACAUGAUGUUCUUGCAAAAUGGAUAUGUAUCAAACCUGAUAUCCUGAUGAUUAAAAUGACUUUGAAGGGAAUUUAAGAGGUGCGAUUUUUGUGACGCCGAGUGUAUGUAUAUCAAACUUGAUAUAAUUAUAUGAGAUAUCAGGUGUAAAUCAAACUUGAUAUAUAUCAUAACUACCGAACCAUGCUUUUUGGACUGAAACUAAAGAAAAUUGCAGACUUUAUACAUUCAAAUGUGAUGGUUGUCAGUUAAAAAAUAAAGAAUAUUGUAGAUGUUCUCCUGAAUUUUAAUCUUAGCUAUAGCUAUAGUCGUUUUUUAAGGAAUUAAUUUUAAGAAAUUUAAUGCUUUUUUUAAAAGUAAUGUAUUGUGUUAAAUGUUUUAAAAGAGACAUUGUAACUUCAAUCGAAAGUUUCCCUCUUAACACAUUGAACG